UAUAUCUGGCUCUUUAUAUGGUUUCAUCUUGUUGGUACGGCAUUUGUGUUUGGUUGUAAGACUUGCAAUAGCAGAGUGGAGAAAGAAAAGCGAUUAUGGACCGUCCAAGGUCAGAUUUUAGCGAAGCUUGAUAUGACACAGCCUCCUAGCGGGGAAAAUUAUAUGAAUAUAAGUCGCGACGUGAUGCAGACAUACAAGAGCGCAGUACACGAAAAAGACAAACUUUUUGUCAAGUCUAAGUUGUGCCGUUCUCAAGCAGAAUCGAGCGAGGAAUACUUCGCAAAGAGAGUCGAAAGGCUUACAUUGGAAAAGGAGUUUGCCAGAACGGUGAAAUCAAGUAAGUCUGGACUGACUAGGCUUGUAAGCAUAGCAACAAUACAGCCAUAAGGAAGACUUCUGCAUGAUGAUUUUAAUUUCAGGUCUCUAUUUUUCCUGGCCUGAAUAGUAAUGAAAGGAAGCAAAUGGAAAGUAAUUUACUGGAAUAAUCCGCUUCAUUUUACUCGGAACAAAAAUACAGAGGACACAGAGGAUCCUGUACAGAUUAUGAGCAAGAGGUUACGAGAAAACCUCUUGAAAUGAGCUUGAAAAAUCAUUUGGCUUGGAAACCAUACUUACCUGUUUUUUUUUUUUUUGUAAGCAAGCUGCCGAUUAGAUUCGUCGCUCGAGCUAACUAUUAAAGACAGCUAAAACAUGGAACGCAGCGGCAAAGAAUCGCUUUUGCUAUUACAAACAUACCUCCAGGACAUGUUGAAUUUUCUUAAUUUCUUAUUCCGAUCGUUAUAACGGUGUUAUGUUGUAGCAAAUUUUAUUCUAGAGGGGCGCAAUUUUAAUAAACACCUGUUUGUACUGGAUUGUUAUUGUUAUCAAAAACAGUCAAUAUUAUACAUUUAUUUGGUAUUUGUGAUUAAUUUAACAGGUUCCGAAGAAAUAAUCGACGUCUACGAACUGAGAUUUAACGCCAGCAAGUUAUUAGUAGAUGUUGCCCGAGUGUCUUUGGCAGAGCUCCGAGUUUACCAAACGCCCAACAAACGACAGUCUCAUGAUGGGGUUCGUAUUGAGGUUUGUGAGUCUUAUAACAACCACACCCAAUGUGGUGGCUACAACGCCCUCGAUUCAGAAUGGAGUCUCUCCAGUGAAAAGAAGUGGGUCUCUUUAGACGUCACAGCAGUGGUUCAAAAAUGGCUGUACGAUCCGAAAACGAGUGAUCACGGAUUAACUGUGACGGUGACAAGCACAGCUGGUGUGGACAAAAAUUCUCACUUCUCUCCAAUCUACCUUGGUGGAGCGGAGGAUAAAAAUGUCGGGAAUGAUUUCGAAGAACCAUGGCCAAAUAUCCUUGUAUGGUUCGUUCCUCGUGAGCGAGUGGAGACCACAAGUCGACGAAGAAACAGGCGCUCGCUUAACUGGAGAUUCUGUAAAAAGCGACCACGAGAGUCUCGCUGUUGCCUUCGCUCGCUGUACAUCGACUUCGAGAAGGAUUUGCGAUGGAAGUGGAUUCACGCUCCCAAAGGUUUCUAUGCCAACUACUGCGCGGGGCGGUGCCCUUUUCUGUGGGGGAGCGAGAAACAGAACCAUCAUACGUCCAUUAUGGCCCUAUACAAUAGAAUCAACCCUAACGCCCCUGGGGACCCCUGCUGUGUACCCAAGGAAUAUGAGCCAUUGGUAAUACUGUACUUCAAGGACGGACAGCCUAAGGUUGAUGAGCUGUCCAAUAUGGCGGUCAGUGAGUGUACAUGUCUGUAA